CACCGCAUCUCGGCAACAACGGUUACAAAGCGAGCAGAAAAUAUCACAAUAAAAACUUUUUAGUAAAUAACAUAAGAAGAACAUUUUUAUUCCUUUAAAAGUCCAUGGAAAAUGUUCAAUCGAACGUACUGUAAUUUUGAAAAACAUUGAAUAACUUAAAACGUUUAAAAACCACCAAAAACAAUUAAACCCAGUACUCCGGUACUUUGUACUUAUCACAAAAAAUCAAUCAAGAGGGGAAAGAAAAAUUCACAUGCAAAAAAAUUAACAAAAACCCCACGCCAAAAAAAUCGACAAAGUGAAACAAACAAAAAUAAUCGAAAUCGAAAAAUCAAAAUGGUGGAAAAUCGAAAAUUGUUUUAUGCAAUUAGUGUAUUGUUGUUGUUGAGUUGCUGUCAAAUUAUUACAAUGUUUCCACAUAAUGCAGAUAGCGAGUCGAUGCUGCUGCUGUCAGCCGGCAAUGGAGAUGGCGAGAAUAAGACCAGCAGCUCUGGCCUAGCAAAUACCAGCAAUAACAGUGAAUACAAUCGGGCCAACGUUGAUAGCGCUAGCAAUCAGAGCUAUGGCAACAAUGACGAUGAUAGUGAAUUUAUAAUAGCCGUGGAAAGGAUGCACCAGCACCACCACCAGCAGCAGCGGCAGACAAUGGAGAAGCCUAUCGAUGAAUCGUCAUCCAACUUGGCUGGCAUGGGCAACCAGGGAGUGUGGGAGGCACCACCAGAUAGUGAGCCAUCGGAAAAUAUUGAUGAUUUGAUUUUUCUGGACAAACGACCAAUUAACCAGCAUCAGUACAUGGCCCGACUUCCGCCGCGCCUUUCGCCAUCUCCACCACCAGCAAGAAAGGAACAGCAUUUGUUUGAAAUUCAUCUUCAUCUGAGUGCCGAUGGUCAGGACAACGAUAGCGGCAGCAGCAGCUGUACAUCUGAUGAGCAUUCUGAUUCAUUAACACAUCCAACAUUUGCCUCAUCAACGGCAUCAUCAGCCAAGGAUACAGAUGCCGAUGCCGCAUUGCCACCGCAUGAAAUUCAAUUACAACCGGACAAUAAUGAAGAGGUCAGUGGAACGUUGACAACAGCGACCACGACGGCGGUCCCAUUUACCCCCCUGGACUUAAGCGAUUUUCUAUCACUAAUACCGGCUGCCAAAGUCAAAGCCAUCGUGGCCCAUUAUUAUCGCAAUGAUCCGGAAGUUCAGCGUGCCCACGCAUUCAUGUCUAGUCGAGAUUUCAUUUCGCUGGAACAACACAUUUUUUCGUUACCGGAAAUGUCAGCAUUUUUACGUUAUUUAAAUAGCAGUGGUUUGGACUUGGUACAUUUCAUAACAACACUCACCAAUGUGACGUCGCCGGUCGGGGUAGGCGAUACAGACGAACCGACAACAGAAAAAGGUCAAAUGGCUCCAUCGGCACUCGAGACAAAUGAUAUUGAAUAUGGACGAACAUUAAAACCCAUAACAACAACAUCAACCAUUGAAAUACCAACACAUCCGAUGCUGCCUCCAUCGUCAUCGCCAUCAGACUCCGAAUUUACACCGCAAUCAACACUCGGCGUAGCAUCGGAUAUGGAAACAACAACAGCAAAAGAGCAACUUAAUGGUUUACAUGGUUUAGUUGAUAGCAUUCUGGAGGCCCUGCCACAGGAUCAAAUACUGGCAACAUUCUUUGAUAAACUCGAGUCGAGUGAACAGUUUUCCAAACUUGUCGAUAAUAUUGGCAGUCCGGAGUUCGCGAAAAUACUAAACAAUAUGCAGAAUUCAGUACCACUGAGAAAUUUCAUAUUUACCCUGCACAAUAACGGAAUUUAUGUCAUACGAAUUGUUGACUCGUUAAAAUCAUAUUUUUUCCUGGGAGGAUUUUAAAUGACAUAUAAAUACUGAACGGGCCGCCAGCCCACAUACAUAUACUACGUACGCACAUCACAUUACUUUUAAGAAAUUCCUUUUAUUUUCCACAAAAAAGAAA